AUGAAGAGAAGACAAAGAACACUGCUUGUGCAGCUGCUCAGCUUUGCCGCGCUCGUUGCUUGUGGACAGAGUCAGUGUCAGGCGGGCUGGAGGGAGAACGACCACAACUGUUAUUUCUUUUCCGAGGACACAAAGUCGUGGUGGGAUGCAAACGCGUAUUGUUUGUCGCAGAACAGCAACCUGAUGAGCAUUCAGGACAUCCACGAGAGGGUGUGGGUGAGGACGCAAAUCGGUAUGGAGAUCUUCUGGAUCGGCCUGACUGAUGACAUCACGGAGGGCGUGUGGGAGUGGACGGACGGGAGUCCUUUCAUACAAUAUUUAUCAUACUGGAUGCCAGGCCAGCCAGAUAACUGGGGUGAUGAUCCAGGCGAGGACUGCGGUCAGGUGGUUGGAUCCAGCUCAGGUCACUGGAACGACGAGAACUGUGACGUCCACAGGAAAUACAUCUGCAAGCAUCCUAAUCUCAAUCCAGCCCCGCAGUGCGACUUGAGCAACGGGUGGAGGCAGUACGGAUCCAGCUGCUACAAACUGAAGGCCCAAACCACAAAAAGCUGGACGGCGGCCCGUCACGACUGCGUCCAAGAAGGGGCGGACCUGGUCUCCAUCACUUCAGAAGCGGAGGAGCAGUACAUUACAGGGACACUGGAUGCAUCCCGGUUUGACCUCUGGAUCGGACUCUCUAAUUUGAAAUGCAACAAGAUCUCAUGUCAUGUUGAAGUGGGGAGCAGCCACAUGAACUGGUCGGAUGCUCUCCCAGUGGCUUACACAAACUGGGCGGCAAACCAACCCACAAUCGACACCCAGGUCGGCUCUUGUGCAGCCAUCAUCAAAGAUCCAUCCGACCAAUUUGGCAAAUGGAGGUCUCACAUAUGCCGAUACGAGCGUCCCUACAUGUGUAAACGGCCCGUGAACACCCUCUGCCCCUCCGGCUGGCUGACAUUCGCCGGCAGCUGCUACUGGCUGGUUAGCAACGCCAACCUUCUGACCACUUGGCAUGAGGCCUACAUCCAGUGCUCCAAUGUGGCGGCACACCUACUCAUUAUAAACAGCAAAGAUGAACAAUUCUUCAUCAAUGGAAGACUUCCAGACUUUCACCAAGUGGACAUUCCUGACAUCUGGAUCGGCUUAUCGGAUAAGGACCAGGAUGGUACAUUCCGAUGGGUGGAUAAAACGGAACUUAACUUUACAAACUAUGGACCCGGCUGGCCCAGAAACACUGCAAACAUGUGGGACUGUGGACAAAUCUUCACAGGAAACUAUGAGGGCAAAUGGGAAACAAGCACCUGCUUCAAGAAGUUAGGUUAUAUUUGCGAGAUGACAGGAGGACAAAACCCUAAACCCACUCCAGCGCCAACGUCCCACUGCGACCCUGGCUAUUUGUUGUAUGGGGAUUUCUGCUAUCAUUUUGAGGGUGAUCUGGUGAAAACGUGGCAUGAAGCUGAGGCUCACUGUGUUGCCGGGCAAGGUCACCUGGUCAGCUUCCACUCUGAGGACGAGCUCAGCUUCUUAAUUGCUCACAUGCCGGGACACGCUUGGGUGGGACUCAAUGACAUUAAAGUGGAAAGCCAGUUUGUUUACACCGACGGGACACCUCCAGAUCUCCUCCCAUGGGCCCCAAAUCAGCCGGACAACUGGCAGAACAACGAGGACUGCGCUCAACUGCGAGGGCCGACCCACUCAGAAGCUGGAAAACUCAAUGAUGACUUCUGCACUUCCACCAAGGAGUUCAUCUGCAAAAAAGCCAAGGGACAAGGACCUCCUCCACAACCACCCACAUCAGGACCAGGGUGGAAUGAGAAAUGUGGCUCGUGGAUGGCCGACCCCUUUAACGACUUCUGCUACCUAUUCAACUACCUGUCCAUGAGGACCUGGGCCGAGGCGAGAGCCGACUGCGUCAACCAGGGGGGAGACCUCGUCAGCAUCACCGAUCCCUUUGAGCAAGCCUUCAUCCAAGGUGUGGUCCAGCUGACCCCGACUGGGAUCUCCCUGUGGAUGGGCGCCCAUGACUCCAUCACUGAAGGCGGCUGGGAGUGGACUGACGGAUCCCCGUUCAGAUACAUACACUGGAAUGCAGGUAACCCUGAUGACUACUUUGGGGAAGACUGUCUGUCCAUACUGGUUAACAACGGAUACUGGAAUGACGACAACUGCGAGCACAAAAGAGGGUAUAUCUGUGAGAGGAGAGGAAAGACACCAGAACCUCCUCCACCUCAUGAUGGUUUCAUGACGGCGAUCGUGUGCCAGGAGUCGUCCGCUGUCCUUCACUGUCCGCAGGAAAGCGUCAUCAACAUCCAAUCAGCUUUCUUUGGACGCAAGAGUGGUGACAUCUGUCCACAUUUGGAAGGAUCAGACGGGAGCUGCACAGUGGAAGGCAUACUUCCUUAUUUCAGGAAAGCAUGUGACAACCGACCCUUCUGCUUUGCAUACGCUCACAUAGAGGAGGACCCAUGUCCCUCCAUCUCUAAGUACCUUGAGAUAGUCUACAGCUGCGAACAGAAAGUGUGUCUUCACGGAUUGGGCGUUGAGGACAAGAACAUCACAGACUCCCAGCUUUCAGCUUCUUCUUCUAUGGGCAGUUACACCCCCGACAAAGCCCGACUGAAUGGGAACUCCUGCUGGAGGCCUUUGGGAAAUCCCACAGGCAGCUGGAUCCAGGUGAACCUCGGCCAGACAAAAAAAGUGACAGGGAUCGUGAUACAAGGGUGCCCCUUCAGUGACUAUUGGGUCACCAAAUUUAUGAUGCAGCACAGUUUGGACGGGAGAACCUGGACCGACUACACCGCCGACGGGGAGUUUUUGCCCGGGUCGACCGACAGCAACACUGCUGACACACAACUGCUGGGUACGCCUGUAUCCGCUCAGUACGUCCGCAUCCUGCCGCUGGAGUUCAGCGGUCAGGCUGGUCUUCGUUUUGACAUCUUAGGAUGCAAGCCUGACUAUGCGGUGACCUGUGCCAACAAGCCUAACUUCAACUUCGCCAAUGAUCAAAUGACGGUCCACUGUCCGGCUGGUUGUGCAAAAUCCAGCUACAGCGUCUACGGGACAUCAGUGUAUCGUGCGGACUCUAACAUCUGUGCAGCUGCAAUCCAUGCCGGUGUCAUUCUGAAUGAGGUUGGAGGAGAUUGUACUUUGCUGAAAGCUCCAGGACAGAACUUCUACGCUGGAUCUACCAGGAAUGGCAUCACCUCAAGGCAAUUUGAUGGCGACUACGCUGUGUCUUACACAUUUUCAGAUGGAGAGCUAAGAUGCUCAGGACCUGACUGGUAUGAGUUUGGGGAGUUCUGCUACAAACCUUUCGAAGACAAAAAGACAUGGUUUGAUGCUCAAGACACCUGCAGGAGCCUUGGUGCUGAACUUGUGUCCAUUCGUUCUAUGACGGAGCAGAGUUGGCUGGAAAGUUACCUGUACUACGCUACUAAUGACAUGUGGACUGGAUUAAAUGAUCUGGUCGUACCCGGCAUGUUUGUAUGGUCAGACCACCACAUGGUCACCUUCACAUACUGGGCUCCAGGAGAACCCAACAACCAUGACGGUUUCAACGAGGACUGUGUGGAGAUGUUACACCAGACUGGCAGAUGGAACGACGUGUCCUGCACAGAACUCAAUAGCUUCACAUGUAAAACGCCCAAAGCGCAUUACCCACUUCCGUCUGUGAAGCCCACCGUGUAUGGAUGUCCUCAGGGCUGGGAUGCUUACGGCUACGCCUGCUACUGGAUGGAGGAGACGGGCAGGAGCUGGUCGGACGCCAAGGCUUUCUGUACCGAGCAGGAUGGCUUUCUGCUGCACAUCGGAGACAUAUAUGAACAAGCACAUUUCACAGUGGUGCUGUCGGGGAAGACAGGUUUGUGGUGGAUUGGCCUACGAGCAAAAGCAGGGACGGGUGGAGGGGUGAAUUAUAUCUGGGACAACGGCUCCCCACUCACGUUCACUCACUGGGACAGAAACCAGCCAGAUAACAGGGACGGUACCUGCGUCGCUAUGACAACGGGACAAGUUGGCGGUUUCUGGGAUGACAAGGAGUGCUCAGAGAAAUUUGCAUUCAUCUGCGAGAAACCCAGGCCUGACAUCACGCCGCCCACCAAGCCUCCCACCCCUCCUCCUGCACAGGGCUGCGCUGAAAGCUGGACCUCCGUGCCUCAGCUGAGGAACUGUUACAAGCUCUUCCACAAUGUGGAAUGGCAUCACAAGAAGAGCUGGGGGGCCGCACAUGAAGACUGCGUGUCCAGAGGUGCCAACCUGGUCAGCAUCCACAGUCAGGAGGAGGAGGAGUUCCUGUCCCUUUUCAGCAAAGCCAGCAGCAAGUGGAUUGGCCUCAAGCACAACCCCACACAAGGAGGCUAUUCCUGGAGUGAUGGUUCAGCGCUCUCGCACACCAACUGGGGUCCCAGCGAGCCCAACAACCACGAGGGCCGUGAGGAGUGCGUGGAGAUGGUGAGCUCCACCAAUGGGACUUACUCCUGGUGGAAUGAUCUCAACUGCGAUGCUCACCAAGAUUGGAUAUGCAUGAUUACCAAAGGAAAAAACCCCAUUCUGCCUCCGGUGCCCCCACCGCCACUACCAGCACCAGAUUGUGGCAGUAACCCCGGCUGGAGGAAGAACAACAACAUGUGCUACUACUACAAUGACACAGACAUCGUGGACGUCCACACGGCCAUGCACCGCUGCUGGGCCGAGAAGGCCACACUUGUCUCCAUCCACAGCAAGGAUGAGCAGGCUUAUGUCAACAGCAUGGUGGGGACAGGUGAGGUUGCGGCAGCUUGGAUUGGAUUGAUGAUGUUGGGAAUCACGGAUGGACAAUAUGCGUGGCAGGACCUCUCUCCUGUCUCGUAUACUCACUGGAGUCCGGGUGAGCCCAACGAUGCCAACGGGGAGGAACAGUGUGUCCAGAUGAACAGACAUCAAGGCGGAUGGAACGACGUUAACUGCGGUCGAGCCGGAGCGGGUUAUGUCUGCAAAAAGUUCCCCGGAGACGUCCACACUCCUCCUCCACCCACGCAACCCUGGGAGGGCAACUGCCCCGCAGGAUGGCUACGCUUCAAGGACAAGUGUUUCCUGUUGAAAGGAAAGAAGAAUGACAUGAAGGCCAACUGGACAUAUGCACGUAGCUGGUGCAAAGACCAAGGAGGCGAACUGGCCGUUAUCGACAACCAAUACGAAAACGACUUUGUGUCCAGUUACCUGAGAGACCUGGAGCUUCCCACAUGGAUCGGCUUGUCCGAUCUCCUGGUGGAGAACCAGUAUGCUUGGAGUGACGGCGUUAGCCCAGUGCUAUACACCAACUGGAACCACAAGGAGCCCAACAAUGCAGGAGGGGCGGAACACUGCGUGGCCAUGACUCACAAUGCCCUCGUGAGCGGCAAGUGGAACGACGACGCCUGUCAUAAGGAGCACAGCUUCAUCUGCUUCAGGAAGAAAUCGAGCAGUAUUGCGCCCCCUCCCCCGACAAGCAGCCCCUGUCCCGCUGGCUACAUAUCCUGGUACCUGAACUGCUACAAGCUAGUGGAAGAGCCCAAGGCCUGGACUGCGGCUCAGGCAGCGUGCCAGCAGCAAGGUGGAAACCUGGCCAGCAUCGACAUGAGCUACGACCAGGCCUUUGUGGCCGGGGUGGUCCUGCAAGGCCGAGGGGAUGCCUGGAUCGGACUUAGGCUAAAGGAUGAUGGCGCCUUUGCAUGGAUAGACGACUGGCCGGUAUUCUUUACUCAUUGGGGGCCCGGAGAACCCGAUAACCUGAAGGAUGAGGGUUGCGUCAGCAUGCGAGGUUCACCGGUGUUUCACGGCACAUGGAACGACACAAAGUGUGAUGAAGCCAAACCCUACAUCUGUAAAAUCUCCUUCGAGAAACCACCACCAACUCCCGCUCCUGGGGAUGGGAAGUGUUUUCCUUUCUGGAUACCGUAUGGACGCUACUGUUACUACGUGUACAACGAGCAGCAGGGCUUCUCCUGGCUGGAUUCACGCCAUUACUGCGAGACGUCCAAGACCGAGAUGGUGUCUAUCCACAGCAGGGCGGAGGUAGAGUUCAUCAGGAGCCUCAAUCAUACCAAAUAUCACAACCUCUGGAUCGGCCUCAGCAGGGACAGCAACUUCGGCUGGGCCUGGACGGACCAGACAUCUGUGGGCUUCCUCAACUGGGCUGCCGGUGAGCCCAAUGCAGCGUUGCACCCGGGGGAAGUGGCCGAGGAGAACUGCGUGGAGAUGUACCCUGACGGCCGUUGGAACGACAACGACUGCCUGCAGAAGAGAGGCUUUGUGUGCCGCCAUCGGCAGUACUAUACAACAGAUGAUGGUGGAAACCCCAUUUUCCCCACCGACGGACCAGGUGCCGACAAUGGAGGGGUGAUUGCAGGCGCCAUCAUCGGAGCGGUUCUGAUCGUCAGCCUGCUAGGCGGGCUGCUUUUCUACGUGUUCAGCGUGCGAGGGUACAAGUUGAGCCGUCUCAGCCUGCCGACGCGAACGACCAAUAACUUCAAUGUGCCUGCGUUUGUCAACCCAAACUUCGGCGGAGAGUCUGACACGUAA